UUCCCUCGCUGCCUCUCCCGCCGGCGGCUCCAGGCGGGGCACUCACCUGCCCGCCCCGCCGCAGCCAGGGAGGCGGACGGUGGAUCGGAGCCGGAGCCGAUGGCGGCCGCCGACCCGCCGGGCGCCGGAGACCUCUCGCAGUUGGCGGAAAACCUGCUGAAUCAGCUGCAGGAGAAUUUCCAGGCUCUGACUGAAAAGAUAACGCUGAGAAUGGAAGAAAUGGGUGAGCGCAUUGAUGACCUUGAGAAGCACGUUGCUGACCUGAUGACAGAGGCUGGGAUAGAAAACACCGAUGAAAAACAAUGAAAUGGGAUGUGAUCAAGAAAGACAAAGGGAGAACAGCACUGCACUGGAUUGGGGAGUUCACAAUGGGUGUUGCUAGACAUGAAAAAUGUUAAUUAACAUGCUUGCAUCAUGUCAUGAUAGUUAUCUCUUUAAAAAAAAACUACCAAACCUACUGUCCUGUAGAAAGCUUGGUUUAUUCAUCUAAAUGGGAUGCUGUAUUUCCUGUCAUAAAGAACAGCUAGUUUCAGGGAAGGCAAAACCACUAUUUUGGAUAGAAAACUAUAUCCUACAUAGUGAACUUGUCCAGUCACUAACUUCUCCAAUGUAUGAAAAUGUAUUUCAUUUAUUUCUAUAACAUUAAAAUUUCCUUAUUUUUUGUUGCCUUUUUAA